AUCUCCCCCUCCCACUCUCCCUCCACCGUCGCCACACCUCGCCUCUCCUCCCCAACCCCUUCCGCUGAUCUCCCCGGCUCAUUCCUCCCCCUCACACCUCCCCUCCCAUCUCUCCUCACACAUCCCCUCCCAUCUCUCCUCACACCUCCACUCCGUUCUCUCCUCACACCUGCCCUCCGUUCUCUCCUCACAACUGCCCUCCCAUCUCCUCGCGCGCCUCCUCUCAAACUUCCCCGCACACCUCACCUUGGAUUCCUUCACCGCUUCAUUCGCUGCCUAUGCAUUAGCGGCGCGCUUUGACGUGGCUCAGAGGAGCCCACCUCCACCAGCAGCGGUGUUUGACCUGUCUAAAAGCUCCCCUGCGCCACCAGCACGAGGCAGCACAGCAGCAGCGCCUGCCCAUGGGCCAUGGAUGCUCCUGCUGCUGCGGCUGCUGCUGCUGCUGCAGCUGCAGAGACUGCUGCUACCGUGUCUGCACACACUCGAGCACUCCCAAAUAACAUAUCAGCACCUCAUCUACCAGCACCCCACGUGUCAGCACCCCAUGUUCCACCACCUCCGCCUGCGUCCAUGCAGCUAGCAGUGCGCGCAAGCCUUCCCAUGCAGCCCAAGGGCAAGCUCAGAGGCAACAAGGGCGCCGACAAGCACACUCAAGCGCGCGCAAAGGCGCUGGAGGGGGAGGAGAAGGACAAGUGGAGCAAGGCGCAGCGGCAGCUGCGGGAGAAGGUGGAUGGGUUCAUCAAGCGCAUGCGCUUCGUGCAAGGAGACCGUCGGUUCCGCCCAUGGGGAGGGUCUGUGCUGGACUCGGUGAUAGGGGCGUUCCUCACACAGAACGUCAGCGACCAUGCCAGCAGCUCUGCUUUCAUGCUCUUGGCUUCUCGUUUUCCCCCAAAGAGGGCGAAUGAGGGCAAAGACACCACCACUCCAUCUCCGCCUAAGGAUACGACGACUCGCAACAAGGGCGAGGUUGCAGCCGUAGGUGACCAGCGUGCUGCGAGUGACUUCAACACAGCUGCUGCCUCUGUAGUUGGUGCUACAGUCCAUGCUACAGCCGCAUUUACACCCCAUGCUACAGCCGCAUCUACUCCCCAUGCUACAGCCGCAUCUACUCCCCAUGCUACAGCCGCAUCUACUCCCCAUGCUACAGCCGCAUCUACACCCCAUGCUACAGCCGCAUCUACUCCCCAUGCUACAGCCGCAUCUACUCCCCAUGCUACAGCCGCAUCUACUCCCCAUGCUACAGCCGCAUCUACACCCCAUGGUAGAGCUGCCAACCCAGCAGCUGCAUCCGCCGUCGCAGACACCGUGUCUCCUUGCCGUCAAGUGCUUCGUCCCACUCACCCUGCCAUGCGUGGUAGCAGCAUCCAGACACAAGGGAAUGCGGGAGGAAGUGCAGGUGGGGAUGCAGUAACCGAUUCAUUGUUGCUGGAUACUCUGUGUCCUGCUCUCCUGCAGCUGUCUCUGGUUGACGGUGACCUCCCUCCACCUCCUGUUGCUGCUGCUGCAGCUGAGGCGCCUCAAAAGGUGUUGUUCCAGACUGCUGCUGUUGAUGCUGCUGAAACAGCACGACUGUGUGUGGCAGGAGCAGAGGAGAGAGGGCGGAAAGAAAAUGAUCCGGAGGGUGCGGUAGCAGUUGCGAGGGUGCGAGGAGUGGAGGGAUGUGGAGGGAGAGACGAGGGAGAGGAAGGACGAGGAGGGACGCAGGUGGGAGGCGCAUGGGUGGGACGCACAAGGCAGGAUGCAAGGAGAUGCAUUGUGCGGGGUGAGAGGGAUGAAAGGGGCGGUGGAGCGAGGAGUGGGAAUGGUGAGAGUGAAAGGCUGAGGCCGUUGCUGGAAGUGCUGAGUCAGGGGCAAGACACACCGCAGAGCAGUAGAAGGGAGCAAGAAACACCGGAUAGGAGCAAGAGCACGUGGAGUGCCCUGGAAUAUUCGGCACGGGCGUUGAGAGAGGAGAAGGCCGGUGGGUUCAAGGUGCCGGCUGGAAAAAAGGGACUCCAGAAACAGAAUCAGCAGCAGCAACAGCAGCAGCAGCAGCAGGGGGUGCAUGAGUGGGAGGAGAUGCGGCAGCAGGCGCUGGUGAGGAUGAUGAGGGAGGAGCGGAGGAGGGCGAGGGAGAGGAGGGAAGCGGAAGAGUUUGGGUUGAGAUUCGAGGAGGUGCCGUGCGUGCAAGUGGUGGAAGUGGUUGAAAUUGAGGAAAUUGAGGAAGUUGAGGAAGUUGAGGGGGGGGUAGAAGGAAUGGAAGUUGAGGGAGCGGUGGAAUUGGUGAGAGGGAUGGAUGGGAUGAGAGGGGUGGGUGGAAUGGAUGGGGUGGUGGCAGGGAAGGACGUGAUGGGAGGUGAGGAGGGCGGCUUGGUGGAGGGCGAGAUGGGAGCAGGGAUGAAUGUGACAUGUGCAGUCAUGGAGGGUAGGGGGGAUGUGGAGGAAUGCAGGGACGCGAGAGUGGAAGGGGCUUCCGAUUCCCACUCCACUGCCGUCGCCGCCGCCGCCGCCGCCACAGCCACUGCUGUGGCUUCUGCUGCCGCUGCUGCCGUUGUUGCUCCUCCUCCUCAUCCGGCUGGUGCUGCUACCGCUGCUGCGGCGGCUGCUGGUGAUGGAGAUACGUGCGUGGAUGACUGCGAGAGCGCAGAUCACCCACAAGCAGGGCAGAUCACAAGUGAUGGCAGCCUGCCGGCUAGCGUGAUGGGGCUGAGUGCGGCUUGGGGGGGAGGCAGGGCGGUGCAGGAGUGUGUGGACUGGCAUGCGGUGUCACGGACCGAUGUGGUGACACUGGCUGGGAUCAUCGCCGACAGAGGCAUGUCCGCCAUGCUGGCUGGGCGAAUCAAGGCGCUCCUGAAUCGCCUGGAGACUCAGCACGGGUCGCUCAGUCUCGAGUGGCUGCAUGCGCUGCCUGUCAGACUCGCACAGGACUUUUUAGUGAGCAUCAGGGGCAUGGGGCUCAAGAGCACCGAGUGCAUCCGCCUACUCUGCUUGCGCCACCUUGCUUUUCCAGUGGACACGAACGUGGGGCGCAUCUGCGUGCGCCUGGGGUGGGUGCCUCUGGAGCCUCUGCCGCACGACCUGCAGCUGCACCUUCUGGAGCAGUACCCAGUCCAGGAGAGUCUGCAGCGAUACCUGUGGCCACGGCUAUGCGGCAUGACGCAAGAGAUGCUCUACGAGCUGCACUACCAUAUGAUCACGUUUGGCAAGGUGUACUGCACGAAGCGCAGCCCCAACUGCAUUGCGUGCCCCAUGAAGGACCGAUGCCAGCACUUCAACAGCGCUCUCAACGCGAAUCGCCCUCUUCUGGCAUCUACCCUUCAAGGCAGCGCCACCAGUGCUGGGGGCACAGCGGGCCCGAGGAGGGAAGCGCAAGGUAGCGCCAACCAAGGGGUGCGGGGCCGAGGGGGCUUGAAGACAGACGGUGUAGAGGGGAGAAGAGCCACAGCGGGGCCACCUGCUGCUGCUACUACGUCUGCUGCUUUCACCGCUGGCGCUGCAGGCAGAGCAGCUGCAGUGGCAGCUGCAGCAGCAGCAGAAGCAGCAGCAGCAUCACACCCUAAGAUCGUUGGGAUUCUAGAAGGUGCAGCAGCAGGAGGGGGGGGAUCAGCCGCUGCAGAAGCAGCUAUUGGACUUGGUUGGGGUGCAUCAGCAGGCAGGAGUGGCGCAAAAACUGUGAGGAAGUUUAGAAGCAUGACACAGCUGCUGAAUGCACAGCGCUCACAGCAGCAACCACAGCAGCAACUCCAGCAGCAACCGCAGCAGCAACCACUGCACAGGCAGCUUUCAUAUGGCAUCUCCCAACCCGGAGCAGCAGUUGCUGCAGGAACAGCAGGAGGGUGCUCUGCAGCAUUUCUAUCGGGGGCACAGGCAGCAGCACCAGCAGCAGCAGCGAAUCACUGCACCCUAGCGGCACUCACAGCAAUGCAUGACAUUCCGGCUCCACAGAUAGUGCCCAGGACGGUUGGUACCGCUCAGACAUUGGUGUUAGCACCACGGAUACAGAUGCCAAUGCAGAUACAGGUACAGACACGGGCACAGACACAGAGACAAACACACGCAUUAACACCACAGGCACACGCAUUAAUGCAACAGGCACACGUAUUAACAACACAAGCACACGCAUUAACACCACAGGCACACGCCUCAACACCCCAGGCACACGCCUUAACACCCCAGGCACACGCACUGACACCCCAGGCACACGCCUCAACACUCCAGGCACACGCACUGACACCCCAUGCACACGCCUUAACACCCCACGAACACGCACUAACACCCCAGGCACACACAAAAGCACAGGCAGGGGCAGAGCCAGGGGGAGAGGCAGAGGCAGGUUUGGUGGCCGAGAUUGGGAGGAGCACCCGGGCGCUCCAAAAUCCUGGGCACCCAGAUAGAAGGAGAUUCGGUGGGGUGACAUUUGAGUCGACUCAAAAUUCCCCUCCAUAUGGGCACCCAGACAGGAAGAGAUUUGGUGGGGAGACGGAGAGAGCGGCAAGAGAGCAGGAAGAGAGAAGGGGCGCUGCUGGGGAAGGGGAAGGGGCGGAUGGGCGGAGGUGGGCUGUUUUGGGGCGCUGUGAAGGGUUGAGGUCUACUGGGGAGAUGGAUUCUAGUGCGUGGUUGAGGUCUGGUGCUGUGCCUGUGGUGGAGGAGCCAGCCAGCCCAGGGGGGAAUGAAAGGCACUGUGUGACGGAAGGAAUGAAGAGCGCCGGUGGUGAUGAUAUGAGGGCCGCAGGGGGGAAUGGAGGGGACAGAGGGGAGGGGGGGUACGGGGGAGGCGGAAGGAGGAGCAGGGUGAUUGUGGGAGAAGGGUUGAAGGGAGGCGACGAGGGGGGACGCAAGGGGAGGGAGGUUGAUGGUGGUUACGGUGGUGCUGUAGGUGCCGAUGGUAGCAAUGGCCAUGUUAGACAUGCCCACGGUGCCCAUGAUGUUGCUGAUGGCGAUGGUGAUUAUAACGGCGGUGACGAUGCACAUGAUGGGCAUGAUACUCAUGACGGUGACAGCAACACUGGUCAAGGCACAUCCUGCAGUGGGGAUCCAAGCAGGGCCCUGGUGCUGCUUCCAGACGACGUGGCAGCAUGCAUGCAGCCGCCACCUCUCAAGGCGGCUCAGCGCCUCCGCACCAUCCACUACGUGUACGAGCUACCCGAUAACUCCCCUCUGCUACAAGCGUUGGAUCCUCGCCACCCUGACGACCGUUGCCCGUACCUGCUCGCUCUCUGGGGUCCAGGUGAAACCCUCCCUGCCACGCCCACGCUGCCGGAGAUGGCACGGCAGAUGGCGGAGGAGAAGCGCACGCAGCAGCAGCAGCAGCACAAGGGGACGCAGGGAGGCUCGCAGGAGGUGGGAGAGAAGCAGAGGAGGAUGCAGCUGGGGAGGGGGGGAAAUGCGGCACAGGGAGCUGGAGGGGUGAGGGGGGUGGCAGAAACAUGGGUGAGCAGCGGGGUGGAGCGAAGCAGGGAAGAAGGGGCAGCUGUUAAGAAGCCGCAAAAUCAGCAAGUUGUUAUUCGGGAGAUGACGGAGACAGAGGUGCUAUUAGAGAGAAGCGCACCCAGGGGGGCAGGAUGGGAGGGAACACCAUGGAUGGGCAUGGGGGGUGAGGCUUGUGAGCUAGGCUGUGGGAGCGGCGGUGGCGGCGUUGGUGGCGGUGGUUGCGGUGGUGGUGGUGUUGGUGCUGCUGCUGCUGCUGCUGCUGGCACGGUGGCCAAGGGUGCUGGUGUGUUCAAUGGAGGCAUGGCCAAUGAUGAGGAUACGGUGCCAGGGACACUGCUGAUUCCUUGCCGCACUGCAAUGCGUGGGAGCUUCCCGUUGAACGGCACGUACUUCCAAAACAACGAGGUGUUUGCCGAUGCCGCCACGAGCAAGCAGCCUCUAGCUGUUCCUCGCUCUCUACUCUGGUGCCUCCCCCGGCGCUUCGUGCUAUGUGGCACCUCCAUCCCCUCUGUCUUCAAAGGGCUCACAACUCUGCAGGUCCAGUCUGUCUUCUGGCAAGGCUAUGUGUGCAUCAGAGCGUUCGACCGCACCUCCCGAGCUCCUGAGCCCCUCGUGCCCCAUCUACACAGCAGCCCUUCCUCCAAGCUCAAAGCCAGCAAAGGCAGCAAAGGCAGCAGCAACGGGGACGGGAACGGCGUUCAGAGGCAGUCAGGGGGCAGUAACAUGGUGGCAUGACAAACCCUGUCGUUAUGUAAUGAGCGGCAGUCUGUACAUAUACAUUAUGCUACCGUACUGGUGCUGUGGCUCUGGCAUGUGCUGCUGCUGGCUGGAGCCUGCUUGAUGU